CUCGUGGCUUUCCUUGUCUUACCACAUCUUGCAGAGAUGGCCACCCGCCUUUCACUCGCCUACAUCAUAACUCUACUGGAAUCUCAUAUGUAUUGGUAUCGGACAACAAAUUCUGGACUUCUCUGGACUUCACCAUUAUAAGAGCAUCCGGCUGAUCCCUUCCUGUUUUUAAAUUAAGGAAAAAAUAAAGGUUUUUUUUUUUUACUAUAAAAAGGGAUCAGCAGAAGCCAUCUCUAUCCUUGACGAAGGGCCUGUAAGCCCGAAAUUCGUUGGAGAUGCAGACGGAGGAAGGAGACGCGGGAGUGACAUCAUUGCUAAUUGCUCACGGAUACCACAAGCUGCAAGAGGGAACCAGAGUCAGGAAACCUGUAGCGAGCCGCGGUCAGCGGCUCACGGAAGGUUUAUCAGACUGGAGCCUAGCAAAGGAUAACGUGUACUCAGGACACCUAGGGGAGACACUGACAAUUACUUGCCCGUACCAGCAACAUGAAGGUAGCUGGGGGAGGAAAAUAUGGUGCAAAGAGGUUGAUGUUGGAUUUUGUGAGACUGUCGUCACUGCUCGUAGAUACUGGCAGUCAUUUGUGAAGAGAAAAAAUGGGAACACAAACAUCUAUGACAACAAGGAAGAAAGUAUUCUCACAAUCAAUAUGACUAACUUGCAAAAGAGCGAUACUGGCAUAUACCAGUGUAGGAUUACUACUUUUGGGGAUAUUAACACUCUACAGAGGAUCCAAGUGCACGUGCUUGAAGAUCACCUACCUGGAAACGUUUUGGGAAAAGUGCAGCAUAGCAUCUCAGGGUCACCAUCUGAAUUACAAGUACCUUUAACAUUGGUCAUUCUUGGGAGCAGCCUCUUGUUGUGCAAAUUAUUGCUGAUGGGACUGAUCUGCAGCUGGUGGAAAAGCCAACAGAGACGCAUUUUGAAUCAAGGCUCCUGUACUAUGUCUUCCUCCGAACAGCUGUUAUCUUCUGCAGCUCAGAGUGAUUUAGGGCUCCAUCGCCCUGAGGAAACUAGUACUACUCCUUACUAUGUCAAUUAUGUUUCCAUGGGACAUCUAAACCAGACACACUGACUGCAAUAACCAACCCUUUCACAUCAUAACUGGUUGUCUACCGAAGAUAUAAUGUGCAAUGUAACCAGAUUUAUACAUGACUUAAUAUUAGCGAUUUACAUGAUGAUCUACUGAUGUUAUUGAGAUUACAGUCUAGUGGUUGCCUGAGCGGUGAGCUCACUACAUUGUGUAACAAGUAACAUGAAAUUCAUUGCUUCCUGAUUUUGCGUAAUGCAAAGUUAUACAGCUGCAUUGAAGUCUGAGGGAUAAAUUAACACUUAAUAUAAUCAGGGACAGACUCAGGGGACAGACUGCCUCUAGGCACAAUAUUAAUGGCUACUCCCUAAGGCCCAAUUCUAUUAUAUUUAUAAUUAGGUUAUAAGGCAUUGUUUUGUGAUUGCCUUUAAGAUCUGAUAAUAAAAACAAGCCAUGAGCUAAGACAUUUCAUACGAUAUGUGUGCCACUUGCUGGGGGUGGCACAUGACUGCUGGUAUUAUUAUGGUCACUGACAGUAAUAAAAACAAGCUGAUACCUUGUGACAAUCUGUUAGUCUGAACAUUUCUAGUAACUACAAAAUAUCCAAGAAAGAAGCUUGUGGUGAGAAACCUGGGAUCUGGUGCUCCGAGAGGGCUAUUUGCAGGACUAAAAAGACUGUGUAUGAGUAACAUCUGUACAAUACUGUACACCAUCUUGAGUGCAGUGUGGACAGGUCACAUAACUGCAUCUGCAUCCCAGAGAGAUACCUUUGAUAAGCAGGCACCUGUCAAUUGGCGAGCCCAAGGUCCAGGAGCAUGCUGAUUAUUUCCCAUUUUUUAUAUUACUAUUUCCAAUGAACCGUAAGCAGUAAUUACUGGGAAAUUUCAGACAGACAGCAAAACAAACAAACAAGCGUGCGAAUGUUCGUGCCAGCAAGCGAUGCCUCCAGGCUCACUACCUCAUGUACCUAAUGAGAAACUCACCACUGAAGCUAAUAGUAGUGAGCAGCUUAGAACCCAGCAGUGACACCGUAUGUAUCCAUCUCAUGAUCUUCUCUCUCCUUAUAAAUGUUGAAUCAGCACCACAGUGUUUCUGAAUCACCGCCACAAAAUGCAUGUAUAGACAAAAGAUAAAAAUAAACCAAGUUCAGCACAGAUACAACCCUGAUAUUGCGUUGGUCUAUGGAUUCAAUAUAGCAAACAGGAAGAGAAAGAUAAUUUCCGCAGACUGUAAAAGCUAAUACCCAAUUUUAAAUAAACAUUAAAAAGCUAUGUAUAUUAAUAGCUAGAUGGUCGUAAUCCAUAGUGAUGUUAAAGUUAACUUUUUCAUUAUGCCUAAAACUAUCUGAAAAUAUCAACAUCUUACAAAGGCCAUCUACAUGGGAAUACAAGAGUCUAAACCAGAGGUUCCCAAACGUGGUCCUCAAGGCACCCCAACAGUCCAGGAUCUAAGUAUAUCUAUGGCUCAGCACAGAUGGUUAAAUCAAAUGAAGUCACCUGUGGCCAAGCGUGGAUCGUUAAGGUGCCUUGAGGACUGCGUUUUGAACUGCUGGUCUAAACAAUUCACUGCAUCAUAAUGAUCCUUGUGGUACAGAUGUGUCUUCUUACUUGUUUGCUCUGUGCGUUACAAGACGCGUUACACAUAACACGUGAGUGCCAUGUGACUCGGUAGCACAGAGCAUCUAUUUGUGCUUUUUUUCUGUCUGUUACAUGCAAAGUAAUGCAAUAGGAUGCACAAUCAGCUUCUGCCGAUUAAAAUGAUAUGCAGCACACCCAUAUUCUAUAUAUUGCGGGUGGGUGGUGGUGGGGGACGACACAAAAAAAAAGAUGCUCGGCACUACAAGUGUCCCGCCAUGAUGCAACUUCAAAGGCUGUUUAGCGUGACUGCAGCAAGGAUGUAAGAGGACACAUCUGUUAACAUGUCUUUGCAUAUACAGUAUAUGCAUCAAAGCUGGAUUAAGGGAGAUGCAACAGGGGUGGCCAUCCUGGACCCACCAUAAAUUGUGUUGUUGAAUCGGAGGAAUCUACCUUCAGCAGUUCGGCUGUUCAUUAGCGGCAUCCGCUGAGGAGCUCCUCCGUGUACAGGCAGUCUUGCAGGAUCAUGAGGGGAAUUCAGCGAGACAGUGUCUGGGUGAUCUGGCGCGCUGUCCCUGCUGCUGCUCCACUCUGGACAUCCAGAGGUGUGUGGUGGGGGGUGGUAUUCAUGUGACUACCGGUCAGCUGACCGACAGUCACAUGACCUCCUCCACUAGCCCGACGGCAUGCCGACCAACAGGGACUAUUUCCACUCGUGGGUGUCCACGACACCCAUAGAGCGGGAAUAGAACCCGUGGCGACCGCAGGUCGCCACCGAGCCCGCAAGGGGCUUGCUGCACUCGCCCCUCCCCGGCGGGAUCCCGGCGUCGGUAUGCUGCCGGGAUCCUGGCAUCGGUAAGCUGACCCGCCGGUCAGCCGUACUACACCCGUGGUGGGAGGGUGGCUUUGCCAGCAAUUGUGGGGACCCCCACAACAUCCAUAGCCCUGGGCCCCACACCUGCCUUAAUCUGGCCCUGAUAAGAUAAUUUUUAAUCACAGUCAUAGUAAACAAAUUUAGAGGAUAAACUGUAAACAUCAAAUGUUUGAUUUGGGAAUACUGUAUGUUAUUGGGGAUACCAGGAACUCUGUUUCUGAAAGGCUAAACACAAUUUUUGUCAGUGAGCAGUCACAGAAGAAACCAUCCAUGAAAGGGCACUAUGCAAAAUUGUCUGGGAAUUUACCUUUUAUAUUUUUAGCAUGUAAAGAGAACAUGUCAUUGAUUGCACAUUUGCUAUGUUAGGAAAGCCAAAGUCAUAGGCAUUCAUGGGGUGUCAUAAUCAAGUCAUUAGAAUACUUUACUACUAAAGUUAUAAGAUAUAUGCAUUCAAUAUUUGAAUAAACAAAGAUAAAAUAAAGCUA